AUGAGAAAGCAUCAGCCCAUAGCAGAAGAAGACAGAAGCCGGGUACUCACCAUAACGCUAUCUACUCCAUUUUUCCAUCCAGUGCGGUGUGUGAGGGAGGUGCCUGCUAUACGAUCCACUGCAGGGCGGCCUGCCUCGAGCAGCCCUCGCCGGACGGAUGCUGAUGAUGUAGCGCCUUUCAGGAGAGCAGCCCAGUUACCUUGGAAACUGAGGAGUGAUGGAGUGGCCGUGCUGCACUGCCAUUGGCUGGAGUGGGGUGGUGCUAACGCUGUGGGACCCCCGGUGGGUGUGGCUACAGACAAGAGAGGAAGCAGAACUGUGAAAGCAGAUGCACUACAUCAGAGAGAGGGGUGUCGUUUUGCAGGAACAUACACAGAUUUUGUAUAUUGUGUAGUGGAGGGGGAUCUGGCCGCCGUGGAGGCGUACAAGUCAUCCGCCGGUGAUAUCGCGCGUCAGCUGACCGCAGACGAGGUGCGGAUUCUCAACCGUCCAUCUGCGUUCGAUGCUGGUUUUACUCUGGUGCAUCUGGCCAUCCGCUUCCAAAGACAAGACAUGCUCGCGGUGCUGCUCACGGAGGUGUCUCAGCAGACGGCGAAGUGUAUACCGGCUCUGGUGUGUCCUGAGUUAACAGAACAGAUCCGCAGAGAGGUGGCGGCAGCACUUCACAGGCGUAAAGGAGAGUUUCCCUGUAACUUCUUCACUGACCUCGUCACCUUCACAUUACCAGCAGAUAUUGAAGACCUUCCCCCAAAUGUUCAAGAAAAACUCUUCGACGAGGUCCUGGAUCGAGAUGUACAAAAAGAGCUGGAAGAGGAGUCUCCCAUCAUUAACUGGUCUCUGGAGCUGGGCACGCGUCUGGACAGCCGGCUGUAUGCUCUGUGGAACCGAACCGCUGGAGAUUGCCUUCUGGAUUCAGUGUUACAGGCCACAUGGGGGAUUUAUGACAAAGACUCUGUCCUGAGAAAAAGCCUCAACGAUAGCUUACACGACUGCUCUCACUGGUUCUACACGCGCUGGAAAGAGUGGGAGUCCUGGUAUUCCCAGAGCUUUGGUUUGCAUUUUUCUCUGCGGGAGGAGCAGUGGCAGGAGGACUGGGCCUUUAUACUGUCAUUAGCCAGUCAGCCGGGUGCGAGUUUAGAGCAGACACACGUGUUUGUCUUGGCACACAUCCUUCGGAGGCCUAUCAUAGUGUACGGUGUGAAAUAUUACAAGAGCUUCAGAGGAGAGACGCUGGGAUACACGCGCUUUCAGGGUGUAUACCUGCCUCUGUUAUGGGAGCAGAGUUUCUGCUGGAAGAGCCCUAUCGCCCUGGGUUAUACUCGCGGACACUUUUCCGCCUUGGUUGCCAUGGAGAACGAUGGCUACGAUAAUCGAGGCGCGGGUGCCAACUUGAACACAGACGACGAUGUCACGGUCACUUUCCUGCCGCUGGUUGACAGCGAACGAAAGCUGUUGCACAUUCACUUUCUGUCAGCACAAGAGAUGGGGACGGAGGAGCAGCAGGAGCGGAUGCUGCGGCAGUGGAUGGACUGCUGUGUUACGGAGGGCGGGGUUCUGGUGGCCAUGCAGAAGAGCUCCAGGAGGCGGAACCACCCGCUUGUCACUCAGAUGGUGGAGAAGUGGCUGGACGGUUACCGGCAGCUUGCCGCUUGUCCAACUCUCUCCGACGGAGAGGAGGAAGAGGAGGACGAAGACGAGUGAAGAACAGUCGGCAUUACUUGACACUACAACACGGCCCUCUUGCGUUCCCCGACACACAGAAACACACAAACACACACCGAAAGACAAACCCGAGCUUUCCUUUUUGGUUUUUGUCCCUAAUACGACAAUUAAUUUGGGUUUGUUGCAAAAUAAAGGAAUGCAAUCAUGAUUGUAUUUGUCUUAACAGAGUAUGUUCUUUGCUUUCGUUUGUGUUGUUUUUAAUUUGCUGUUUCAAUGCUUGUAGUGAUUUAAGAAAAAGAGGAGGAAGGAGUAGGCGAGAAAAAGAUAUUUAAAUAGGUAAAUUGCAGCAAUUUAAGCACCCUUUUUAAAACGUCCGGUUUCAGUUUGUAACAGAACCGACGCAGAUGUCUAUUUCUAUUUGUGUAGCGUGACUAGACUGAGAUUACUAAAACAUCAUUCACUAUAUGUUUGAAAACGAGCAUUAUCUACGAAUCACACGUAUGACUGUGACGAUUGCUUUUCUAAAUAAAGCCGCCGUUACGAGGAGAACGCAAGUGGACAUUUUAACUCGAUUUCUAACAGAUUUUCUGUAUUUAUCUGAAUAAUAGUUUGUGAGCCAUAGAAAUGAAUGCUUUUCCACUCACAUUGCCGUCUCUUGUCGUCCCAUCUUUGAACUACGCUGCAAAGAAAAAGGCAUGUGUCAGUUUACUAUGUCCGUUGGAUGAGAUUUCAUGCCCUUUUUGGAAGGGAACAUUAUUUCAGCUUUUUUCAAUGUGGUCCGUUCACUCUUUCAGUUGUGUAUUUGUGUGUGUCGUUUGUCUUUUGUAAAAUGUCUGCCACAGAUUUUUCAGUGCAUGUUUUUUUUUUCCACUCGGGUUUCCAAAACUCUGUCAUCACAUUCAAAGACUUGAUGUAGACCAAAGUGAACAUUACGAGAGAUCUGUGGAGUGUUUUUGCAGUGCUAAUAUAACCGGUUAACUGCUUUGUUUUUCCCUGUUUUCAUCUCAUCACCUCUUGUAUUUGUGUCCGGUCCUUCUCACAUCCUCAUGUUUUAUUUUCUUUUUUAAAUUAUGUGAUAGUUCUACUACACUAUGGUAUAUUUGAUAUAUAAGGUGGAGACCAAACUUGGUGAUAUUGAAGACCUAAGUGUUUUGAAUGUCCAACUAUGAAACUAUUAUAAAACUUCAAAACAAAA